AUGGGCGGCAAAGCGGAGAAGGGCACGCCGAAGUACAUAGCGAACAAAAUUAAAGCGAAGGGCCUGCAAAAGCUGCGGUGGUACUGCCAGAUGUGCCAAAAGCAGUGCCGCGACGAGAACGGAUUCAAAUGCCACACGAUGUCGGAGUCCCACCAGCGGCAGCUGCUGCUUUUUGCCGACAACGCUUCGAAGUACAUAGACCAGUUCUCCAAGGAGUUUGCGGAUGGAUACUUGGAGCUGCUAAGCCGCCAGUUCGGCACGAAGCGCGUGAACGCCAACAAAGUUUACCAGGACUACAUAUCCAAUAGGGACCACCUUCAUAUGAACGCAACACAAUGGGAGACCCUCACCGACUUUGUGAAGUGGUUGGGUAGAGAGGGAAAGUGCGUUGUGGACGAGACGGAGAAGGGUUGGUUUGUGACAUACAUAGACAGAGAUCCAGCGACCAUCGCCGCACAGGAGGCAAAGGCUAAAAAGCAGAAGAUGGAUAAAGAUGAUCAGGAGCGUAUGCUGGCGUUCAUAGAGAAGCAAGUGGAGAAGGGGAAGAAAGAGGAGGAUAAACAGGGGCCAGUCUACACAGAAUUCACAAGGCAGGAUGGUCAAGAGAAGAUCAAACUUAAUCUGACAGUCAAGAGAAAAUUACCGAGUGUGGAACUGCCAAAGAAGUUGAAGACGAGUGCAGUCAUCGACGGCACCGUCAGCGGGAGGCGCGCUGAAGAAGAGAACACGAACGGGAGGGUGCAAAAGGAGCAAUCAGCGAAGGGGAAAGAGGAAGAGGAACUCGAGGCGGCCAGGGGCAAAUCGUGGCUGCGGCCCGGCAUCGUGGUGAAGGUGGUUGGCAAGGGGCCGUUGCAGAACAAGAAGGGCGUGGUGGCGCGGCUGACGGGGAAGCGGCGGUGUCUCGUGAGGCUAGAUGACAACUUGGAGAUGGAGGUGCACCAGAGCGACCUUCAGACGGUGAUACCAUCGCCAGGACGUAACCUGAUCUUCGUGAACGGACCCCACAGGGGCACCAUCGGGGUCCUGCACAAGCUCAACGUCGAGGAGUUCUGCUGCUCCUUGCAGAUAACCGAUGGACCCGACAGCGGACGGAUAAUCGAAAAUGUUCAAUACGAAGACGUGUGCAAAUUGGCCACG